GUGCCACAUGCACGACAUGCUGUAUAGCAAAGCCCCCGAGAGCCAAGCACUGCCGUUUCUGCAACCGGUGUGUAGCCCAGUACGACCACCACUGCUUCUGGACGAACAACUGUGUGGGGCAGCGCAACACGCGAGUGUUCUUUGCACUCGUCACAUUGGGGUUGGUAGCUCUGUACCUGUACAACCAGGUUCUGGCGGCGUUUGUCUUUGCAAGUAGGCCGGUGCCGUAUGUCGGGUAG